AUGUCUAAAGAAUAAGAAUUACAAACUAAAAUUAAAAGUUUAGAAGAUGAUAUACAAAAUAGACAUAGACAAAUAGUAACACUUACAGAUAAAGUGGAAGAAUUACAAAGAUUAAUCUAAAAUAAUUAAAUGAGUUUACUUACUUAAAGAAAGAAUUAUAUUUAAGAAAAUACUUCAACUCAUUCAUAAGAAACUAGAUCAUCAAGUCAAAAUCAAAUAACACAACUUUCAAUUAAAUUGCAAAAACAGGAGAUACAUCAUUUAAACAAAUUAUUCUUAUGAGUGGACAAAAAAAACUGCUCAUUCAAUUUCUUAAGAAAAUACUAAUUCUAAAUAAUCUAAUAAAACACUCAAUGAAAUAUAAGAACUUGAUGAAAGCUAAUAAUAAAAAUCAAUCUUCAUAAUAGAAUUAAGAUGAACAAAUAGUAUAAGACUAACCUAUAUAAUAAAACUAAGAAUACAAGGAAGAACAAAUUAUUUAGGAUUAAAAAAAUAAUGAAGAGGUUGAAGAUUUUAUUGAAGAUUAUAAUUAUUUUAAUUGA